UUCGAGUCGGAUUUUUGAAUCCUUGUGGACGCGCUAACAUUAAUAUGAGAUAGUCUCGAGUGUUUUUGGACUUUUUUUUUGUUUUUUUUUUUGCUUCUUUUUAUUUUGUGCUUUCAUUGUUUUGUGUGUGUGUGUGUUUAUUUUGCUUUUAAAGUAGUAAAAUGCUUCUUAAGUCCGUCAUGAUGGACUCAACGUACACUAAUUCAGACAACUUGUAUAACCCCCUUCACAAUUAUACGCAAACCGAGCUGAUGGAGAAAUUUAACUUAGCCUUCUACGAAGCCCAAUCAGUUUCCAAAACUGACAUAAUGGAAACUUUAAAAACUAUCCAAGAAGCCCCUCAGAACGAAAAAACUAACGACGAUUAUCUAAUCGAGUAUCUGAUAUCCGAAGAUUCCACCACGAGUCCCACAGAAUGCGAUAUUAAUUUCGAUUUUAACGAUUUCGUUGAAGAUUUCGACCAAAAUGUGCGAGAUUCCUUUUCCGAUUCUACAACUGUUACGGAAUUCGAUACAGAGACAUUUACCACGGAAAGUUCCGCGCAUGAUGCUAAAGAUGAAUUUUCCAGACAGUUUUCGAACUUUUUCAUACCGCCUCCGUUAUGGGGGAACGGCGAGGAAAAUGUGAAAAAUCAACACAAUCUCGAUGAACUUGAUCUUUGCGAAGUAUUAUCGAAUGCCUCGUUUGAUUGGUCGUCGGAUAUCAGGGAUCUGGAUGAUAUUGAUGGUGGAUAUUCGACUUCAUUGCCUCCUGUUGGGACCAUUACGAAGAAUAAUUAUGAUUUUAACUGUUAUGUUCGAAGUAUAGCACCUGAUAAUAUGGAUCAGCUGAAUAAGGAUGCAGAAGUCAAAAACGAAUUUGGUCACCUAAUUGAUCACUCCGGCUUAAAAAGCUGCGAUUAUCUUGUCAAUAACGAAAAAAGUCAAAAGUUUUCUCACAUUUUGGAGGAGAAUCACAUGGUGCUCCAUCAGUCUGAUGCUUUGUUAAAUGACGACCCACUACUAAGUUCCAGCAAUAAUUUUUAUACGAAUCCAGCAUAUUGUCCCCAAGAAGAAGAGGCCAAAAACAACCUAAACUGCCAAGAAAAAUCGACCAAUUUUCAGUGCAAAUGGGAGAACUGUUAUCAAAGGUGUCACAGCCAAACAAGCUUGGUGAACCAUAUCGAAAAAAGCCAUGUAGAAAUAAAACGAGGAGAUGAAUUCACUUGUUUCUGGGAGCAAUGCCCUAGGAAAACUAAGCCUUUUAAUGCAAGAUAUAAGCUACUGAUUCAUAUGAGGGUCCAUAGUGGUGAGAAGCCUAAUAAAUGUCCGUUUAAGGGUUGUAACAAAGCGUUUUCCCGCCUAGAAAACCUGAAAAUUCAUCAAAGAAGUCACACUGGCGAGCGACCGUAUUUAUGCCAAUUUACAGGGUGCUCUAAGUGUUUCUCAAACAGUUCGGAUAGGGCGAAACAUCAAAGGACGCAUUUUGAUACGAAACCGUAUGCCUGUCAAGUGCUCGGCUGUUUCAAAAAAUACACCGACCCGAGUAGUCUGAGAAAACACGUGAAAAACCACAGCCACGAGGAACAAAUGCAGAUCAAAAAGAAAUCUCACGAAGAUCUGUUUUAUAACGAUAUGGCGGUGAAAAAAUACCUGGAUCCAAGCAGACAAAAGGCUUUAAAGGCCGAACACAACUAUAAAAAGGACCACACCUACUCCAGUUCAAGUGAAACUCAACGGUUCAUGAAGUACGGCAAGGUCAAGCAAGAUUUAAAAAAUAAAAUUGAAAAAAAUAUAAUAAGGAAAACUAUGUUUUAAGGGACGGUUAAAAAUGCAUGAAUAAUUUGUGAUAUGUACAUAAUGUAGAUAUAUUAAAAUUAUAUUUUUAUACAAAUUU